CGGCCCCCAACCGCCGCGCAGUCCCGAGGGCGCCAUGAGGGGCCCGCGCUGCGCCCCGCUGCUGCUCCUGCUGCUGCUGCCGCCGCUGCUGCUCACGCCCCCCGCCGGGGACGCCGCCGUCAUCACUGGGGCCUGCGACAAGGACCCCCAGUGUGGUGGAGGCAUGUGCUGUGCUGUUAGUAUCUGGGUUAAGAGCAUAAGGAUUUGCACACCUAUGGGCAAAGUGGGAGACAGCUGCCAUCCGCUGACUCGUAAAAACCAUUUUGGAAAUGGAAGGCAGGAGAGAAGAAAGAGGAAGAGAAGAAAAAGGAAAAAGGAGGUGUGA